AUGCGUCUCUCAAGCCCUCUUCUGGCUAUUCUUUUAGCCAUUCCAGCAAAAGGCAGAUACAUAGUGCCUGGAGGGAGAUGGCACGAUACCAAUGGGUCUCUCAUCAAUGCGCACGGCGCCGGGAUCACCUUUGACUCGAAAUCCGGCCGGUUCUGGUGGUUUGGCGAGUACAAGACAGAAGAGCAACCCGAAGGAGGUGGUGUCGCAGUAUACAGCUCUGAGGAUUUGAGCACCUGGACUUCGGGAGGAUUGGCUCUAGCUCCAAUUGAGGGACACCCAUACAUCUCACCGGAGAACAUAAUUCAACGGCCCAAAGUGGCUUACAGUUCUGAGACUGAGGACUAUCAUAUGUGGUGGCACGCCGACAACUCUAGCUAUGGGCUCCUUCUCCAGGGCCAUGCAGUGUCCUCCAACAUCGGUGGGCCAUAUAAGUUCGUUGACGCAACCGCGCCCCUUGGAAACUGGUCCCAGGACUUUGGACUAUUCACUGACUAUAAGGACGGUCGAUCAUACGCACUCUACUCGAAUGGAGAUAGUCAAGAUGGACGAGAUGUGUACCUUACCAGCAUGAACAAAAACCUCACCGCGCUCGAAAAACCCGUACACCGAUUCCCGAAAUACGAUCUUGAGGCACCAACUAUCAUGCAGACAGAGAAAAGCUACUGGGCACUAAUGAGUCAUAAGACUGGGUAUAGGCCAAACAACGUGGUGGCAUUCCGAGCCGAUUCCUUGAGCGGGCCCUGGUCCCAGCCGUUUGUUGUUUCACCAUUGAACACAAGAACUUUCAAUUCUCAGUCUGGAUUCACAUUGAGAAUUCAAGGAACAAAGAAGACAACAUAUCUUUACAUCGGAGACCAAUGGGACUCAAAUUCUGUUUGGGACAGUCGUUACAUCUGGUUACCGAUCCGGACUGAUGAGUCUAAGAAAACCCUCGAGGUUGAAUGGCACGACGUUUAUGAUCUCAACGUCAAAACUGGAGAAUGGAAGCCUGUCAAGGGAAUAACAUACUCUGCCCAAAAUGCAAAGACGCACGGGGAUGCCUACAAACAAGAGGCCAACUUCGCAACCAAUGGGGUCAUACUCACUGGAAUAUAUGGGAACGAUAGCACCGUUACAUUUGAAAACAUCGAGGGGUCUGGAAAGCCACAAUGGGUCUCGUUCUAUUAUCAAAACACGGAUGACUUGGGCUUUGGCGACCAACCUGGAGGCACCCCGGAUAGAAUUGGCGGUGCAUGGCAACUACGCCGUAUCAGUAGCGUAGUUGUCAACGGGGAAGCUUCAAGCAUCCAAACUCUCUACCAACGAGACACACACAAGGGGAUCAUUCUGUCUACUCCACUUCAACUGACACUGAAGAAAGGGAAGAGAAAUUCCAUCACGAUCGGUGGACUAUAUAGUGGCUUCGAUAAUAAGGGUGCAGACCUGGAUCGAAUUGUCGUUUAUCCUGCUGAGAGAUGA